ACAAUGGGCCGACUUCGGCGUCACCGGACAGCGGCCUGCAGUUGGAAGCGAUCGGUCGAGCGGAGGAGCCUUCCGUCCUCCGUCCGAGCGGCGCCGGGAGGGCUAGAAGUGCCCUCGCGCUCUUAGAAGCACCAGCGGUGCGUGAGCGUGAUCCCCACCAAUAACGGAACGCCGCGGCUGGCCUGAGCAUUGUGGCGAGGUUCAGUCUCCUAGACUGUCCAGUGUCCACCAGGACGUCGAUCGGUAUGUUGUGGAUUACGCUGUGUCUCGUGCCGACCCUGGUCGCCGCCGAGGACCAGCUGUCGGCCGUGGAGCAGCAGCGGCGGCAGCUGACCUCCGUCGACAUACAGCCACCGGCGCACGUCAUCUACGGCCUGCUGGUGGAGCCGUGGCUCAACAGCAGCUCGCGCCACGCCCGCCGUCUGCCGGAGCAGCCGCCGCCGGCGGACGAUGAGGCCGCCCUCGCCGACCGUCGCCAGGCGCUGGUGGCAGUCGCCGUGGUCAGCGCGGCGCUGGAGCGGGCCGACACGGACGCCGCUGACAGGCUGCGGCGGGUACUGGCCGAGUACGACUCCGCGCCGGCCGACCAGCAGCACAGCCUGCUGAACAGCUCCCUGGCCGAGCUGGCCGAGCAUCUGCACGCGCCCGUGAUCCGGCUGGAGGCGCUGCUGAUCGCCCAGCAGGCGCAGUUGGAGGCCGUCGCCGGGGCUGUUGCCGCGCUGCCGGACAGCUCAGACGCGCACGAUGCCAUCACGAGGUUCGUCAACUCGGUGACGGCCACGGUGGGACAGCGCGUGUCAGAGGCGGAGGUCACCAUCAACCGACUGAGUGACUCCCUGAGACAACUGAACGAGUCCAUCGCCAGCGACCGACCGACCAAACCCGACCGGUCUGAGAAGGAGGCCGACCCGGUCCCUGCACCACCCGGCCGCUGCUGCGACCAGCUCGAGGAGCGGCUCGCUCGGCUGGAGGCGGCAGCUGCUGACCGGGACCAGCUGGCCGAACGGUUAGACGCGGCGCUCGCCCGGCUGAGGGACCUGGAGGAGCGGCAGAUGCUGCUGCCGCGGCCCAGUCCGGCAGUGCAGGGGGGCUGGCGGCCGGCUGGUUCAGUGGAGAAGGAGCAGGACCUUAGUACCGCCGGGUCGGAGCGGCUCGACACGCUGGUCGUCGGCCGCAGCGCCUCCACCGGGGAACAGGAUAUCAUCACUGCCGACAGCCUGGUGACGGCCGACGACAUCGGGGCGCAGGUGGUGCUGGGGCGCUCCAUACAGGUCGCAGACAGCGCCGGUGCGCGGACGCGGAGCGGACUGCCCCCUCAGACUCCUGUGGCCUCCGGUCGCAGUCUGCACAGUCUGCUGCUGGGGGGCGGCACCCCGGACCGACCCGACACCAGUGGGUGGCGACCGCUGAACACCGGAGCUGCCGCCGAGCGGCGGUCCCGUCUGCUGCCGGCCUCGGGUGGACCGGGGAACACUGCAAACAGUGGACAGCCGGCCUCAGCAGAGACGGCAGACAGUGGUGAGACAGAAGACACGGCGGAGAGUGGCGAGACAUCCGAAACAUCCGAGACACCGAGCGGUGAGGUGACGCCAGACACAGCAGAUCCAACCGAGUCGCAGUCAGCCGACACGCCUGUCCCAGCCGAGGCGUCCGCGCGGGCCGCUGCCGCCGCCGCCGCUGCUGCUGCUGGUGACCAGACAGCUGAGCCCAGUGAGCUGUCACCGGCGGUGGCUGCGGCCGGAGUGGCGCCGAGACGAGGGCGGCCGGCGGGACCGUCCGUGAGCCGGCCUCAGUCACCGUCCAUAAGCCGGCCUCGGUCGUCUGUUUCCCGGCCCCCGCCGUCUGUGAUUCGACCUCCUCAGCCGGUGGCCCAGUCGCGUCAGGGCCGCAUCGGGCCCGAUCUAGGCACUGACGGGUAUGUUCGCGGCUCGGGCCGACCGUUCCAAUGCCAGCCGACAGCUCUGUAUGUCCGACUGCCGGGUAUGUACGAGUGGUGUCAGUUCAACUGUCCCAUCUACUGCCCGCCCUCACACUGCCGCUGUCAGGGGUUCAGGGGUUAGAAAGUCUACAGUGCUAUAGCUGCCGCUCUAUACUUACGUAGCAAGAACUGGCGGCGCUGCCUUCUGUUUAGCGACGUCGUUCGGUACACGUUCGCGAUCACAAUUCAGUCAGUGCCAGAACAACCAUCGUGUCGUCCUUGCCGUCUUGGUAAUAUCGUCACUCAGUGCGCAUUGCGUAACGCUCCACUCAAUGCGAGGUUCUCCAGUCACAAUCUCAGAUGUGAUUGCCGCUGAAGCGCCCUGUAUUUGCCGCCGUACCGCCCCAUGCCCCGCAGAGAAGCACCAGCCCCGGUCAUAACAUUGCCGUCAGCCCGCUGUUAGAACGACUGGCCGACCUAGCGCCCAGAUCCCGGCCCGUCACUGCAGCGUAUACACACACGAUACAUCCCUCGGGCGUGUGUAUGGCGCGCGCACUGGCCGGGCCGCAGCCGGCACACCUUAUCACACGGCCGGAGUAUGGGCGCACACAGCGCAGCUCCGGCACCGGCAGGCCGCCCGCCACCACAGCACACCGCCAACCAACAGACCGCACCGCCGCGACGGCGGGUACACGUACAAAACUGAGCGGGCGGCGCCAGCCAGCCCGCCGCUGGCCUGGGCACAGGCUCGGACCCGAUCGGCGCCUGAAGCAAACAACAAACGGCCAGGGACGACCAAACGAGGCGUGCCACCGAACUAACACACAAGCUGCCCUGAGCCUGGAUACUUGCACAGUUUAUCGUAAUAGCUAAAAGCGACACCUGAUUUAAGGAAGCAUACACGUUACCCGGGCUGAGUCCCUUGGUUACAUGAGCACCAACGUCUCGGCGGCGGGCCUCGUUUGAUCGUCCCUGUCCCGCGGCACGGUAGGCAGACACAGACGCGGUGACGGCGAGCUACCCCCCCCCCCCCGCCCCUGCCGUAUACGGUCAGAGGGGAGGGACGGCGCGCGACACCGCUAGAAGACGCCAUAGGUACUCAGUGAUAGGUCUCAGGUGGGCGGUCAUACCGGCAAACGAAUACACACUAGUCCGGCGGACAACAAAAUAUGACUGUGUUACGUAUGUCUCGUAAAACGGCGAUCCGGCGAGUCAGAUCAAUAACGGAGCUAGCGCCGCGCGUGGACGCGCAUUUUAGUAAUAAAAAUAAAACGCAUUCGAGUAAAUAGGCACUGCACAUCAUUUGAUUCGACGCCCUCCCGCUCAUGACACUUCAAAUGGUACAGGUCGUUAACUUGACUUUGCCCUGAGCAACAUAGCGUCUCGGUACAUAUCGUGGCACGGCACGCCAAAAUACUUAACACAAAUACGGUAUUUUGACUGUACAGAUUCAGCGUCGCUACGCAACUGAGCAAGCAUGGAACGGUCGGUAUUUGACUGUGCUACGGUGUCGGCCUACGGCUCAAUAUGUCUGGGUGGAGUAUGUCAUAAUUCCAGGUCAUUUAUCGUAUAAACAUAGGCAUCCAAUACGAAGAGAUGAUAUGCAGAAUCAUCACAUCAAAUCUUCAGAACUCUAUUUCAAUGCACGGUGCUUUGAUUUGAGUACAGAUUCCAGUACUGGUU